GUUCAGUUUGAAAUGUUAAACGGUAGCAGGUGUUUUCGUUAGAUUCGUUCGCCUGUCUUGCGUUCGGGAAGCGAAUUCGUGAUUAUUUCCAUUCUACCCACUACGUCCAUGUAUGCAUACAUACCAACAGUUGUUCAUUAGGUACCUUGUUCAGCAAUUCGGGUACUGUGCGUGUGAAUCUAUACCUGAUCGUGUCGGCUCGUUAUUAUACCGGUAGAUCGCCAACAAAACAGGCAUUAGACAACUGAAUAGAGAACGAGUAUCUAAUUAAAAGCUUUCAGCGCGGCUUCGACCUUUAAAAUAAUAUUGCAUUUAAACUUUGAGUAUAAAUCAUUCUGAGAGAACAUCUGCGGAAUCAAAAGUGACUUAUUUGAAUAGAAUCAGGAAACUAGCCAAACGAAGUUGACCACUAUCAGUAGCGUGAAACCCCACACUAGAAGUGCAAGUGAUCGAUCAUUGAGGAGAAGAUAAUAGUGUGUUUAUUUUGGCAAACUAAAAAACGAUUCAAUUAUUUCAAACAAGCAGAUAAACAUGCAUCCAUCACAAGGAAGAGCGUCGUCAGUUGAAGGUUUUACACACCUUUCCACCGACAGCGAAGCGGCAGAUUUGGGCUUCCAUUCCGGUCAAAAUUUCAGUUCAGAUAACCUGUUCAGCUCGACAUCGUCAGUACCAUCGGAAGCUUCAGUAGAUUCGCUCUACCACUCCGGCAAUCAAAAGCAACCGGUGCAGCAGCAUGAAGAUUCUCAUACCUUCGAUUCUGGGGUGGACCUUGACUCCAGCCAACAGUCCCGUUCGGCAAACCCUGUAAGCAGCAGCGAUCCAAUGAAGGUGGAGGAUCUAUGCAUCGGUUUGCGACAAAUGCACCUGAAGCAGCAGCAACAUGCCAUGCACCUGAUGAAAUGGGAAAAGUAUUUCCAACAGAACGACGACGGUGAUACAUACCUCCAUCUGGCCGUCAUUCACGAGGCCACCGAUGCGGUAUACAAUUUGAUCAAUGCGGCAUCACGACCUUGGCUGGACAUUCAGAAUGACAUCGGCCAAACGCCGCUGCACCUUUCGGUGUUGACCGGGCAGCCCAAGAUCGUUCGCAAACUAGUAGUGGCCGGUGCGAAAACAGGAAUUCGUGACGUCGAAGGAAACACUCCACUGCAUUUGGCCUGCUUGCAUCGAAUGACCGACUGCGCAAAAGAACUCCUGACCCCGCUGGACGCCCUGGAACUCCAGCAAGGUAGUCGCGCCGCGCAGUUAGUGAACAAAAUUCCACAAGAUCUUGAACAGUGGAACUACAAUGGUAAAAGAUGUGUGCACAUUGCCGCUGAGACGUCCAACAUUGAAAUUCUUCGGCAUUUGGUCCGCAUCGGGGCCGAUAUUAAUUCUCGGGAGGGUAAAUCGGGCCAGACUCCGCUCCAUAUUGCCAUCGAAUCCAGCAAUGAGCAGUUGGCGAACUUCUUGCUCGACGAGUGUCCCAAACUGCGGAUCGAGCAGGUAACCUACGCAGGCCUUACCGCCUACCAACUGGCGGCCCUUCAGCACAAUCAGACUCUGCUGAACUGGCUGAAAAAACACGGCGCCGAGCCCCUCAUGCUGCCGGAGAGCGACGACGAGGAAGAGGACAGCGAAGAAGACGAACUCGUGUCAUCGUAUUCCGGAUCCAAUGCGUUUGGUUCAAAUUUCGCAGGGCUUUCCACUAUAAAUGUCGCGUGAAGCGUAUCUUUUAACUAUACCUAACAAUAAGACACCCAAACAGAAUCGAUGCACCUUGACCAGAACGUCAUGUACGUAGAUAGAAAUUGAAAAACACACAGGGGAUUUGUAAGUGACCUAGGGACCUUAAUUGCCAGUUUCAUCCCAUCCAUUCCAGAAUGUUCUUGGAUGCGAAUGCAACGCUUCUGAAGAGCUUGUGUUUAUAUAGAACAAUUUAUGUUUCUGGGACAUUGAAGAAAACCUCCGCCCCCCUCUAACUUUUCUUGAUAAUUGCUGGAUUAGCAACUUUUGACAUAGCUAAUAUAGCUUAGCAAUAACACAAUAACAUACGUUAUUGAAACGUAAUAUAUAUUGAUGUCUUUAGCAGAUAUUUGUCUUGUAAUAAUAUCCAUACUGAGUUGGACCCACCUUUAUUCGGAUUAUUCCAUGAAACUUAUUGUAGCAAAAAUAAAAAGAAAUAUACGUUUAUAGAAAAUAGUAUGUCUUAUAGCAUGCUACGUUUUUGUCAUAUUCAUACAAACACAAACAUCCAUAGCCGUCACGCAGCCCUAGCAGCACCCUUCAGACCAAUUUGGUUGCAGCAACUCAAAUGUAACUAACUUUAGUUGCAUAUGGGUCACAUAAACUUUUGUGCGACAUGUGUGCUGCUCGGGAGAAGACCGGAGUUCAAUUCCCCGUCGAGGAGCCAUAUUACAAAAAAAAAUCUAACAUAACAAAGAAAUAAUUAUCAAUACACUUAAGGUAUAAGGCAUCUCUCUCGCGGCAGAGCUAGAUUUUCUAACUAAAAUGUCUAUAACUCGGAAUUGGAAAAGAAUUUUGCUUAUCCCCUCUGACAAUCCCUUUAAAAUUUAUCAAGGAAUGUUCCUUGAAAGUUUCGUGCACCUACUACAACUACCAAAAUUUGAAUGAAUGUCUAAAUACUGAACUAUUGUACAACUGUAACUUUUGCUUCUCAGUAUCCCUCACCAAUUAUUUCAGGAAUAAAGGAGACGGAUAAUGCAAAACCCACCUGAAUUUAUUAUGAGAUUCUC